AUGUCACUCGCUAACGUCCGCCCACAAGCAGGAAUCGUGCAUACCUACGGAUUCAACUUAACAGCCUUUGAAUUCACCACCCCUAGUCAAGCCCGCCUCUCACCAAACAUAAUUCUAUUCGUUGGGGGGCUCGGAAAUGGACUCUUAAAUAUCCCAUAUCUCCCCCAACUAGCAAAAGCCGCUCAGUACAUCAAUUCCUUCGACUACAAUAACGAACCCUGGUCAGUUGUUNCCUGGUCAGUUGUUCAAUUACUAUUAUCUUCGUCAUAUUCUGGUUGGGGUACGUCUUCCCUCGAUCGCGACGUUCGUCAAAUCCAACGUGCUGUUGAAUAUUUCAGAUCUGAAAGAAAUGGAACUCCCAGGAAGAAGAUUGUGUUAAUGGGACAUUCUACCGGUUGUCAAGAUGCAAUGCAUUAUAUCACCAAAGCAAGAUAUCAAUCCAAUUUCCCACUGGUUGCGGAAGUGGAUGGUGUGAUUUUACAAGCUCCUGUUUCUGAUCAAGAGAAUUUCAGAAAAGAUGAUGCGGAGUUUGAUGAAUUGGUAAAAGGGGUAUAUGAGGAAUAUAUCUUACAAGGAAGAGAGAAUGAGAUCUUGCCUAAUAAGUAUAGGAAGAUGUUAUUCAAUACCCCGGUGACUGCGUAUCGGUUCUAUUCCUUGACUAGUAAACGAGGUGAUGAUGAUUAUUUCUCGUCAUAUUUGACUGAUGAGGAUUAUAAGAAUACAUUUGGGAAGGUUACAACUCCACUUCUUGUGUUGUAUUCUGGUAGUGAUAAAUUUGUUCCCGAGUUUGUUAAUAAAGAAGAAUUAAUGGAAAAAUGGAAACAAGCCACCGAUCCCCAAUAUUGGAGUGUCCAUAGUAAGAUUAUUAAAGGUGCAGAUCAUGACUUGGGAGAAGGCUCUGAUAAGGAUGUGGAUGUUAUUGAAGACUUGCUUAUCACCGUUGCUGAUUUUGUGGGGAGUUUGCUGAAAAGUAAUCAUUCUAAAACUUCUUUAUAG